CCCUCAUCUCAUCAUGUCAGCCGGGAACAUCAGCUUUGUUAAGGAAUUUUUUAUCGUUGGUUUUCCUGGGCUUCAAAAGGGAUACUUUGACUCAGUGGCUGCUCUGAUGCUUUUUGUCUUUGUGUGUAUCUUAGCAGGGAAUGGAACAUUUCUAAUACUUUUUAGUCUGGAAAAAAGCCUCCAUAAACCUAUGUAUUAUGUCAUCUUAAACUUAGUUGCAAGCGAUAUAUUAUUUAGCACUACUACCCUGCCAAAAAUUAUUGCUAGGUAUUUGUUUCAAGAUGGUAGUAUUUCAUUUAUGGGUUGCUUCAUUCAAAUGUAUUUUGUGCAUUAUUUUGGUACAGUCAAUGCUUUUAUCCUGGCAAUAAUGGCCUUUGAUAGGUAUGUAGCCAUUUGUAAUCCCUUAAGAUAUCCCAAUAUAGUCACAAAGUGGAACAUUUUCUAUCUUUGUCUCAUUUCAUGGGUUAUAGCAAAUGUAACCCCUUUAAUGAUGGUAAUAAGAGCUUACCCUCUCCCAUACUGCGCAGAAAACACCAUUAUACAAUGUUACUGUGAUCACAUUUCUAUAACAUCGCUUGCAUGCACCAAUCGUGCACCAUAUAGUAUUCCAGCUUUUGUUCUUGCUAUGGUUGCGUUGCUUACUCCCCUGGCCUUUAUAGUUUUCUCUUAUUGUGCCAUCAUUUUGGCAGUUCUGCGUAUAUCAAGCACUCAAGCAAGACUGAAGACUUUCUCCACCUGCAGUCCUCAGCUCAUCAUAAUUGCUCUCUAUUUUCUACCCAGGUGUUUUAUUUAUUUAUCAAGCAAUAUCGGCAUCUACUUCAGCACUGAUUUGCGAUUAGCCAUUAUUAUGAUGUAUAGUCUGUUUCCACCCAUGUUCAACCCUCUCAUUUAUUGCUUAAGGACAAAAGAUGUAAAGGAAUGCUUAGUUAAAAGACUUAAAAUCUCAACGAAUGUCAAGUUUAAUCUAACAAAAGUUGACAUAUCCUCAGUAUCUUCAUAAAUGCUUUUAGAAGUCAUAUAUUAUAAAUGCUAAAAUAGUAUUCUUUGGAAUUCAUGCAGCAUAUCGAAUGAGCAAUUAAGAUAAUAAUAUUUAUACAUAUAUAUUUAUAUAGAAUAAUAUUACUUGUUCUACAAAAAGAUUUAUUAGAAACUGAGGAGAUACAGUGCUUAGCAUGAUCGAGUACGCCCCAUUAUGGAAAUGAAUAUUUUUAUCUAUUAUAAAAUCUAUUUAUCUAAAACAUUUUAAUAUUUUAGUUAAUAUAGGCAUGUAUUUUGGUGCAUUUGAUGAAACUGCUUUAAUAAACAGAUACAUUUAUUUAAAAAAAUUAUAUUUUAGUCAUCAAACAUAUUUAAAAAUUGAAAGAAUACAAUUAAAUUCAAGCAAAAAAAACCUAAAUGAUUUCAACUAAUUUUUUUAUUUAUUUAUUAUUGUUUUUUUUUUUUUUUUGCUUCUCUUGAUUUUUUCUUUUUUAAUUUGUAUUUUAUAUUUUUCUAUAACAUAAAUUUGGGUGUCCUAGUUUUUGGACCGUUAUUGUAAGUUAUUUUGUUAUUUGGCUUCAGUACUCACUAAUCUAAUGUAUAUACACAAAUACAAUAUUGUAUAGCUUUCUAUUAAAAAUAUGAAUUUAAAAUAUAGAUUUGUGAGGGGUUUACUUAUAUAUGCUGAGCAUUGUAUAUCUUUUGACUUUUUCUUAAUAAUUAAAACAUUUUAAUGCUUCACUGUAUAAAAACUAUUCAAGUAAACUAUAUUUACAAAAAAGAAAGAUACACAUUAUUCCAACUUAAUUAUUUCACAUAAUCAUUUAUUUUACACAAAAAUGUGAAUACAGACUUAUGAAUAAAUCUAGUUGGAUUUAGGGAUAGCUCUCCCAUUCAAGUUGUUCAAACCUAUAUGAUGUUUUUCAUAUUAUUGAAGUAAUUGAGUAAUUUUGGAUGGAGUUUAGCAAUUACAAUUUCUUUUUUUGCUUCGUUGCUUGUGCAUUAGGUUCAUUUAAACCUUUUUGAAGUGAGAACAACUCUUUUAAAUUAAAAGAUUAACAUGCUUACUU